AUGACUACUGACCAUUCGUCUGGAGUUGCCUCCAAGACAGUUGAGGAUGCAGAGUUCGAAAGGCAUCUGAGUCUCUUCGACAUUCAUGAUCGAAAAGAUGGAGCUGGCUCGGUUUCGAAUGCGGAUUCCAAUGGUUCUCUCCUGGACGAGAUGAAGACUGCUCCGUUGUUCUCCGCUGAGGUGAAGAAAUAUGUUGCAAAGGAGACGCUCUUCAAGUUUACGAGGGAGAACACAUCGACGUUUCCUCAGCACGGACUGAUAGGGCUGAGGUUGGAAACUCAUGGAGACAAUGACGAGUCAGAAACGAAGCCAGAGCCGGAAAAGCAGAUCAAUAACCUCAUGUACGCGAACAUAACGGCACCGUGGUCCACUUUCAUUUGUGGCAGUCAAGGCAGCGGAAAGAGUCACACGCUCUCUUGCAUGCUUGAAAAUAUGCUCCUCACUCCCUCCAAAACAGGAACUCUUCAUCGUCCACUUGCUGGGAUCAUCUUUCAUUACGACAAGUUUACGAACUUUUCGACCACUCAGCUCUGUGAAGCUGCAUAUCUGUGCUCUCAUGGAGUUCCCGUGCGCGUCCUAGUGUCACCAAGCAAUUUCAUGACGAUGCAGAAGCUAUACCGAAACCUCCCAGGUCUUCCUGCCCAUGCGCCAAAACCAAAGGUGGUGCCUAUGUACUUCCGAGAGGAGUAUCUGAACAUCACCAUGAUGAAGACGUUGAUGGCUAUAGGAGGCGAGGGCAACACUCCGCUCUACAUUGAGGUACUUAGCCAAGUACUGCGAGGAAUGGCUAUGGAAUCUCAGGGAUCGCGAGGCCUGAACUAUAAGCUCUUCAAACAGAGGUUAGAAUCGGAGAGAUUCUCGAAAGACCAGCUUGCACCGUUGAGACUACGCCUUCAGCUUCUCGAGUCUUUCUUGGAUACGUCACCGAAAUCGUCGUCUAAAACCGCCGAUAUAUGGGAGUUCGAAAAGGGCACAUUGACAAUCGUAGACCUGAGCUGCCCCUUCGUCGAUGAGAACGAUGCUUGUGCGCUGUUCAAUAUAUGUCUGUCAUUGUUCUUGGAGAAUCGUGGAACUAGCGGUCGCCUCAUUGCUCUGGACGAAGCCCACAAAUUUUUGUCAACCAAAUCCAAUGAAGCCCUCGAGUUCACUGAUACGCUCUUAUCGGUAAUCAGACAACAGCGACAUCUGGGCACCAGAGUUGUGAUCGCAACUCAAGAACCUACACUAUCUCCAGACCUCCUUGAUCUCUGCAACGUAACGAUCGUACACCGGUUCAGUUCGCCAGCAUGGUACAAGAUGCUCGAAGCUCAUCUUGCUGCAGCGCUGAUUGGGAAACAGCGACAGCAAAGGACAACAGUCGACUCAGGUAAUCUUUUUGACCAGAUCGUCAAGCUGAAGACCGGAGAAGCCCUCCUAUUCUGCCCCACCGCGGCUGUCGACGUAGCCACGGACGACACCGGCGAGAUUAACGGGAACCGAUCAGCCUCAGAAGUCGACAUGACUGGAGACAUCCCGUCCAUAGCGCAACCACCAUCUCCAGUUUCCGGUCGAAGCGAAAAGAGAGUGAAAGAACUCGGAUCGCGGUACAUCAGAAUGAAGAUACGCAACAGAAUCACUGCAGACGGAGGCCGUAGCAUCCUUGCAGAAUAG